AUGGCAAAGAAAUCGAAACCCUCAGGAAAUGGAAGUUCAGCGAGCAAGAAAAAGAAGAAGAAGAUGAAGAACAUGUUGAGUGUUCCGAAUUCUGUAGCAAUGAAAAACAAGGCUCCGAAACCGAACCUUUUUGAGAGCAUAUGGUCGCGUAGAAAAUUCGAUAUCUUGGGUAAGAAGCAAAAGGGUGAAGAACGCCGUGUUGGGCUCUCCCGCUCCACUGCUAUUGAAAAGCGGAAGAAGACACUAUUAAAGGAGUAUGAGCAGAGUGGGAAAUCUUCAGCUUUUGUGGACAAGCGAAUAGGGGAGCAAAAUGAGGUGCUUGGCGAGUUUGAUAAGGCAAUUCUAAGGUCUCAGCGCGAACGACAGUUAAAAAUGAAGAAGAAAAGCAAAUAUAAUCUAUCUGAUGGGGAAGAAGAUGAAUUUGACUUUCAAGGCAGUGGCUCCUUUCCAGAAAGAGAUGAUUUUGAAGAUGAAUUACCGUUUGAUGAGGAUGGGGAUGGCGAAGCAUCUGGGAGUGCAAAGAAGUCAACUAUUUUAGGACAACUUGAUCCUCAUGGGGCAGAGAACGAUUUAGAAGAAAGACUCGUGGCACAGGAAAAUAGGCAGAAGAGCAAGAAAGAGGUGAUGGAAGAGAUUAUUUUAAAGAGCAAAUUUUUCAAGGCUCAAAAAGCGAAGGAUAAAGAAGAAAAUGAACAGUUCAUUGAACAAUUGGACAAAGAUUUUGUAUCUAUAGUUCAGUCUAAGGCAUUAUUAUCAAUGACACAACCCAACAAAAUGAAAGCUUUGAAAUCUCUUGUAAACAAGAAUAUCUCAAUCGAUCAUGCUGAGAAUGAAGGAAGCAGUGCUGCCCAGGAAAAAUUUUCCUCUCAACAGGAAAAGCCUGAUUCUUAUGACAAACUUGUCGGUGAGAUGGCAAUGGAUAUGCGUGCUCGGCCUUCGGACCGUACAAAGACACCUGAAGAGGUUGCUCAAGAGGAGAAAGAGCGCUUAGAGCGGUUGGAGGAAGAACGUCUAAAGAGGAUUGCUGCUGGUGAUGACUCCAGUGAUGAAGAUAUUGAUGCUUCUGAAGAUGAGGAAGCUUCCACUAAGCAGCGGAGAUCUAUAUCUGGAGAUGAUCUUGGUGAUUCCUUCUCUCAUGAUGCAGUGCCGAGAACUAAAUUGGGCUUGAUUGCUGAGAUCUUGAGAAGCGAGAAUGAAAAUGAUCUUGAGAGUGAUGAUGAUGAUGAUGAUGAUGAUGAUUCUGAAGAUUCAGAAGAUGAAAAGGACAAUGAUGAAGACGAAGGAUCUGAUGAGGUUGGUGAUGAUGACGACAAGAAUCACUCUCUCAAGGACUGGGAGCAAAGUGAUGAUGACAAUGUUGACAGUCAUUCAGAGGAUGAAGGUGGUGAUAUUGAUAAUGAAGAUGAAAAAGAAGAAGAUGAUAUCGGCAUGUGUGUGGGGAUGACGAACGAUAAGAAGUCAUCAGGAAGUAAGGGAAAACAAAAGGAUAGUUUGGAUGCUGGCAAAGUGAAAGAAAAUAUAAAAAAGGAUUUACUUGAGCAAGGGGAACUUCCCUAUACAAUUGAAGCUCCUAAAUCCUUCGAUGAAUUUAGUGCACUAUUGGAGAAUCGUUCUGAUGAUCAAAUUAUUGAAGCUAUCAGGCGAAUCCGUACAUUCAAUGCAAUUUCUGUUGCCGCAGAGAACCGGAAGAAAAUGCAGGUAUUUUAUGGUGUGUUAUUGCAAUAUUUUGCUGUUUUGGCUAAUAAAAAGCCACUGAAUAUCAAGCUACUGAAUUUGCUCGUCAAACCACUGCUGGAAAUGAGUUCCGAGAUCCCAUACUUUGCAGCGAUAUGUGCUCGUCAAAGGUUGCUUCACAUUCGGACCCAGUUUUGCGAGGAUGUAAAGAAUACAGGGAGAAGCAGUUGGCCUUCCAUGAAGACUCUAUUUCUUUUGAGGCUGUGGUCCAUGAUUUUUCCAUGCUCUGAUUUUCGUCAUGUGGUCAUGACACCUGCUAUCUUGUUGAUGUGUGAAUACCUUAUGCGGUGUCCUAUAAUGUCUGGCCGGGAUAUUGUAAUUGGUUCCUUCUUGUGCUCUAUGGUGCUCUCUAUCAGUAGACAAUCUCAAAAGUUUUGUCCGGAGGCAAUAAUGUUCAUACAAACUUUGCUAAUGGCAGCUUUUGAUAAAAAACAAGGAUCUUCUGAAGAUUCUAAGCUAUAUCGUCUUAUGGAAGUGAAAGCACUCAGGCCACUUCUCUGCUUGCAAGGUCAAGUGGAAAAGAUCAAUUCACUAGAUUUCCUAAUGUUAGUGGACUUACCAGAUGACUCACCUCAUUUCACCUCAGAUAUUUUCAGGGCCAGCGUGCUUUUUGCUAAUAUUGAAACACUGAAAGGAUUUGUGAAAAGUUAUGAAGGAUUUAAAUCGUUUCCGGAGAUAUUUUUGCCAAUUUCCAAAUUACUCGGCGAAUUGGUGAAACAAGAUUACAUACCAGAUGCAUUACAGGUUCAAAUCAUAGACGUUACCCAACUUAUUGGAAAGAAAGAAUGGGAAUACCACUUGCUGCGCCGACCACUGCGAAUGCGAAAGCCAAAGAUUAUUAAAACUGAGAUUCCUAAGUUUGAAGAGAACUUUGUAAAGGGAAGAGAUUAUGAUCCAGAUCGUGAGCGAGCUCAAAGGAAAAAAUUAAAGAAACUUUUAAGACAGGAAGCUAAAGGUGCCGCCCGUGAAUUUCGGAAAGAUAAUUACUUCUUGUUGGAGGUUAAGGAAAGGGACAAGGCACAACUGGCAGAAGAAAGAGCUGAAAAAUAUGGACAAGCUAAAGCUUUUCUCCAAGAACAAGAGCAUGCAUUUAAAUCGGGACAAUUGGGAAGAAGCAAGAAGAGGAGGAGAUGA